AAGGCUGGGCGGCGGUCCUCUCGUUUCUGAUCUCGCCGACUCAUUUUGCAUUCCUUGCUUAACCCACCGCAUCAACAUCAUCAUGACGAUGUGGUCCCUCUGCGCCGCGCUCGCCCUUGCUGCGAGCUUGGUAGCAGACUCUACGCUUGGCGCUACUACCCAAUGUCCUAUUAUCGAGGAAAACACCGAUUACAUCGGGCACGACGUUCGAAUCACGGCGCAGGCCACGGCCGACGGCUGCUGCGCGGACUGCGCUGCCACCCCAACGUGCACGCUGUACGUGUGGGUGCAGGACGGCUCGUCCGGUCGUUGCAUCCUCAAGAGCACGCCGUCCAGUAAGUCGUACUUCCCAGGUGCCCGAGCCGCCAAGCUCGUCGUCGCCGCUGAUACGUGUUCUGCCAUUCAAGAAAACACCGACUUGCCAGCCAAUGACCUGGGCGAUCCCAUUCAACUGGACACCGUCGACCUCUGCUGCACUGCUUGCUCCAGACAGCAAGGAUGUGCUGCGUAUGUGUGGGUUCUACGAGAUGGCCUCGGCACGUGUCUCUUGAAAAGCUCCAAAGGGCAGCCAAGCUUCUACCCUGGUGCUAGGGCCUCUUAUUUAGCCCCUCCAUCUCCUGCACCUACCCCCGCACCUACUCCGGCGCCUACCCCAGCACCUACUCCUGCACCUACGCCAGCACCCACCCCAGCACCGACGCCAGCACCUACCUCUGCACCCACACCGGCACCUACAUCUGCACCUACACCGGCACCCACUGUGGUUCAGCCACAGUGCGCCGUGGUUGAAGAAAACACGGAUUACAUUGGUAACGACAUUGGCGACGCAUUGCAACUGGACACGAUUGGCCAGUGUUGCUCGGCGUGUUGGAACACGUCCAAAUGUGUGGUGUUUGUGUGGGUGCUUCGCGACAAUGUAGGGUUCUGCAUCCUCAAGAGCUCGAAGGGGGAGCCGUCUACGUACCCCGGUGCACGGGCGUCGUUCCCUCUGAUCCCCACGCCUGCACCCACCCCUUCCAAAUGCCCCACAAUCGAACUGAACGUGGAUUACGCCGGCAACGACAUUCUCGCCACUUCCCGCGCCAACCACGCCGACUGCUGUGGGGACUGCGAGCGCACUCCGGGGUGCUCGUUGUACGUGUGGGCUAACGGGAUGUGUUACCUUAAGAGCAAGAAGGGGGAGGCAUCGUCUGUACCGGGUGCAGUGGCCGCCGUGUUGCCGGUAACUGCAGCCACCACCCCCCUCUCUACGAUUACCAGUGGCAGCGAAGGCAAGUUCCCCCUGCCGACCAUAGCGUUCAACUACAUCAAGGGGGGGCAGUGGAUCGACCAGAGCAUUCUCGCCAUGGUCCAGUCCCAAGUAGAAUCGUUCCAAGAAGAGACCUUAGCUAGCCCGUCGUCAACGACCGAAGGCAGGGCCGUUCAACUGUUUGGUGGCCUCGAAGCUGCGAUCGGACUCGCGCCGUACAUCAACGUCACGUCCGCGGGGGACUGCGCGGUGGUUACGUCUGCGUACAAGGGCUACUUCUUCACGUACCUUCCGUCGUUGCUUGUGUGUCUCGUACACGACAACACACUCGACAAGUCGUUGCAAAUGCUGUCGGCGCCCGUCGCUGGCCAAGCCCCCGUCGCCGUAACGUACCCCCAACUUCUGGACGACGCCUUCAAGUCGGGGACGCAGGCCAACGUCACGUCCAGUGCGGACUGCGCCAAGGCAUGUCAAGCCAAAUCCACAUGCGCUGGGAUUGUUUACACGGCUAGCUCCAAGCUGUGCACGUUUUUUCAGCCGAAACCGUCCACGGAUGCCAACGUCGUAGCGGGAUGGGUCAACCAAGCCGUGUGGCCUGUGGAUUCGUCCACUAAUGUCCAGUACUCGCGCAUGCCCAUGUCGUCGUUGCCCCGAGCAUAUGUGACCGACAUGAUGCCUGGCGCAGCGUCGUUGGAUGCAUGCGCCAAGUUGGUUGCGGGGAAAAGCAAAGUGCUGUUUACGUACGUGGCGUCCACCAAGGUGUGUACCAUCUUCAGCCCGACCCCUGCCAGUCAAAGCCUUGGAUUGGUCAAUACGCCCGUAGUGCCUGUGGUGCUGCCAUCUUCGUCGUUUGGGGCUGACGUUGCUCGGGUUGCUGUGGCGGCGACGACAGCUCCCGACUGCUACCGUCAGUGUGUGCCGUCGAAAUCCACCUGCUUUGGCGCGUUGUUUGAUGCUACGACCAAAGUUUGCACGUUACUGACCCCCACAGUCGACCUCACAUCAACACUGGGCUGGAUUAUUCCCAAGACUUUGCCGACGACGAUGGCCACAGUGUCGCAGGUGGACGUGUACGUCACGGCUCACGAAGACGACCACGAGCUGUUCAUGUCUGCGCCAGUGUACAACUCGAUCAAAUCGCCAACAACAAAGUCUGUGUUUGUGUACUUGUCGGCUGGAGACAGCGGCGAAACCACUGGGUGGUGGCAGGCUCGAGAAGUCGGCACGGUCGCGGCUACCAAGACGUGGCUCAACUUGUUUGGGACGUACUCACCGGUGUCGCGCACCCAGACGGUACUCAUCAAGGGCCACAACAUUGUCAAGAUCGUCGUCGGCAACUCGGUGCACUACUUUCUCCGGUUGAGCGAAGCCGGUCUGUUGUCGGUGAUCGUGAACAACACCCCCCAAGCCCCCCUCGACCAGCCCAGCCAGCCAUACGCCAACGCCCAAGCAGUCAAGGAUGUCCUCAAAGCCAUCAUCGUCGCCGAAGCCACCAAAGUGCCCAAGGUCACCGCCAGCUACUCCAAGUACUUGAACGACGAAGGCAUUGAUCAUGUGCUGCACGUGGCCUCCGGUCGGCUCACGGCCGAACUGCUCAACGCCGACGCCCUCUUCAAAACGUGCGUGACCCAGUACCCGUACUUUGGCUACCAGCAUUGGCUAGACGCUGUCAACAUGAACGAGCCGGAGCGGCUGGCCCAGCGCGCCGCAUGGGUCGGCCUCUCGGUCGGCAUCCUCUCGGUGCACCCGCGGAAUGUCUGGUCCGAACACUCGGCCCACUUGGGUCGCACGUACGCUGGCCCUGUCGUGACCAAAUCAGCACCAUGCUCCUUUUAGUUAAUCCACUAAAAUAAGGAUAUCAGUCGGUACAACUGUAUCCAGACCCCAUCAUGAAAUCGAAUCUCACCCCCUAUGUGGAAAAUCAAUUCUCGAAUGUAAUCGACGGUUUGGG